AUGAGAAGCUUCAAGCACGUAGCAGUAGCUCUGGCCUUCCUUCUGUGCAUGAUUUCUCAAGCAGAAAGCUCACCGAAGCCAGCGAGACAAUGUCCGCCUCUGAAGAAGGGCAGCUUUGUCGUUCAACAGUACCAACUCUAUCCCGAGAAUGCGGACUGGGACGUCAACAACUGCAUCGUCUACUUUGGCGUUGUAGUUUAUGAUCCGUACAAGGACACCGUCCUAGACAUCUUGACGUUCGAUGGCAUCACGCACAACCCUGCCUUACACAUUGGUGGUGUGCAGGUAGACACUCGCACCAAACUAGUCUCGAUUGUAGUCGACGCCGCCGCCCCCUUCAAUACCGGCGGCAAAGACGUGUCGGGUGACAACUUCAUCAUCAAGUACGACCCGGCAAAGAAGCAGGUCCUGUGGAACAAGAACAUCACGGCCGUGACCAAAGGGGCAUACGGAGGCUUCCAGGACAUUGAGCACGACACCCACGGAAACACCUACGUCGUUGGCUCGUUCCCGGGUACAAUCAUGAAAGUCGACCGCCAAGGCUCUGCUGUCGUCCCGUGGUACCUCCCCGUGAAGAUUGACCACACGAAAAUGGGCUUCUCCGGCCUCGCAGCCACUGGCAAUAUCCUGCUGUCCAACAAUAACGAGGACGCCCAGAUCUAUCGGUUCGACAUGAAAGCGGACAAGGGCGCUCCCGUGCUCGUACCGAGAUCGCCGAAUGUGACGCUAGCGGGCACCGAUGCCAUCUAUCUUCCACCAAGGUACGGUGGAAAGGUGUUGCUUAUCGCCGAGAAUACCAAAGGCGUGACUGUUUUGCGGUCAAAAGAUGGAUCCUGGAAGUCUGCCGAGCACCUUGGCACGGUACCGAAUAAUUCCACCGAUGCUCAAGGAGGGAUUGUCACUGCUCCGGUGCAAGUCGGCGACAGUCUGUUCAUGGUUGAGGAGUUCUUUGCGGAUGCUCCUGUUGCGGGCUCGACUUCUGGGAACAGGACUAGUUUCCCGAUGGUGGACAUCACCUCGCAGGUUGAAGAUCUUCUCAAGAAGCUCCUCGUCAUCCACGCCGAAGCCGAUAUCCCGCACCAGAACCGGGGCGACAGACACGACGCCAGGUGGAACAAGAUCGUAUUCGAGACCAGUCUCACAGAUCUUCUCACAGCCCAGCAGAAAACAUGUGCCUUUAUAGACUGGAUACUCGACGGGGAGUGCAUCGCACGACCAGACGUUGGCGAAUGCGUCGACAACAUAUCCGGCGAGGUCUACCAGAUGGACCUCGAAGAGCUCGAGCAGUUCCACGGCCAGAUUGACAAGGACCCGGACUACAGGCUUCCUUCCAUCCGCCACGCCGUCCAGGGCCGCAGCGACGGGUACGUCGACUAUGUACUCGUAGCUGAGACGAACCCCCCAUUCCGUAUUGGUGGUGACCACACUCCAGACGUCCUGACUAUAGAAUUCUUUGGGCUUUGGGACCCGCGCACAAAGCUCGUCUCGUAUAGGACGGUCAAGGGUCUGCAGAUAUGUACGCCUCAUGAUAACCCGGCAGCCAGAGACUUCUGGACGCGGCCGAUACAGAAUGAUCCUGCGUGUUGUCUGCCUGCAGUGAAGUCAUGGCUGGCAGAUUGCGAGGAUAAGCACGAAAGGUGUCGGGAGCUGAAGACGCAGACGCCGUCCAAAGUCUGCUCGCAGCUCGGAGUUGAGUAUGUCUGGGUCGAUGCUCUCUGCAUCAUUCAAGAUGAAGGCAACGACGAAAAGAUUUUGGAAAUCGCCAAGAUGCCGUACAUCUACGGUCAAGCGUCCUUCACCAUUAUGGCAUCCAGAGCCAAGACUGCGUGGGAAGGGUUUCUCCAGAACAGAGAGUGUUUCAAAGAGUCUGAUCAAGCAUUUCUUCUCUCCUGGCAGUCCGAAAAGGGCGAACUGGGAUCGAUUACCUUGGCCGAGAUGGAGACAGGGCACGAACCUAUUGACGAGCGGGGGUGGACUUUUCAAGAACGUCUUUUAUCUGUCAGGAUCGUCGAGUUCGGGUCCCGGCAAACUAGAUGGAGCUGUCAAGAACCAAUUCCGUCAAUCACCGGGAACGACACGCUAUACGGCCUCGACGUCGGUGAGGGUGCAACCGACGGCUGGAGAAAGAUUGCAGAGCCCAAUGACCUCAGGCAGGACUCCUUCAACUGGGGCUACUGCUCAAAGACUCCAUCCCCGUGGGGCGCACUGGUAGAUAUCUACACCAGCCGUACUCUGUCCUUCAACACUGAUCGCGCUCUGGCCAUGUCGGGAGUCGCGGAGCGCUUUGCUGUGUUGACUGGCGAUGAAUACGCCGCUGGUCUCUGGAAAAGGAGCAUCCGCGACGAGUUGCUCUGGAGAGUGGAGCAAGAUGAGCGACGAAAUCGGGCGGCGGCCUAUCAGGGGCCUUCGUGGUCGUGGUUCGCAGUUGAUAGUAGUGUGAGAGCAUACGUGGCUUUGGGUGACGGUUGGGAAAUCCCUACGUUCGAAGGCGAUGUGACGGAUGCGACGGAGGUCUACCACGCCGAAGUCGUAUCUAUUUCGGCCGAGCCGGUGAACAAAAACGCGCCCUACGGCGACGUCCGUGGCGACUCAGGUCGGCUUAGACUUCAUGGGAGGCUUGCGGCGGCCACCAUCAUCAAUCAUCCCACAGGAGACUCAAGGGACGAUCCAGAAAAUGUCUUUGAUAUAGCCAGUCCCCCGAGCUCACAAGGUGUUCUUGACUCAGGGACGAAGCUCAUGAGUACCAGAAACAUCAGCUGUCAUCUUGAUUGCCUAGAUGAAGUAGACGUCAAGUCUGCAGGCUCCGGGGGGUACAUGGCACUGGAGAUCAAGAGAGUGCGCGGGUACUCUGCCGACUGGACUAUACUCGGACUGCUUCUACAGCCGGUCAAGAUGAAUGGGGGAAGUUCGUUGAACGGUGUGCCAGCUUACAAAAGAAUUGGCACGUUUGAGUUGGAGUUGGAGACUACAUUUGAUGACUUGGAUGACGAUCAGAGCCUUCAGAGCGAGGAGCAUUGCUUCUUCGACUUCAUCCAACCACAAAUGAUAGAGAUAUUUUGA